GCGACAUCAUCUGCAGCUACCGCGGGAAUGUAGUUUUUAACAGUGACAACGCCAAAUAGGUGUUGUUUACAUAGUCAAAUAUUUUUGUACGAACAAUGAAUUGCAAGUGUCAUUUUGUUCGGUCGAGAUCCAUCUCACCGGUUAUUUCAUAUGUCUGAUAUUAUGGACAUAUUUGGGCGUUUUGUUGUGAAAUUGCUUUUCCGGGGUGCUAGCCAGUCAGCUAAAUUACUCAACUAGUGUCACUUCAGGGAAAUGUGUUUCUUGUGACACAACGGAAACAUAAUUUCUCCGUGGUUCACAACCCCAAGAGUUUGUCCUUUAUUGUCCUGUUAAUCGAAGGCCCGUCUUAUACAGGAUUCCUUCAGAAUUUGGCCUGCAUUCGAAGAGUCGCGAUGCUGAACGUCCCAUGCCAGUCGUUCCCUGCAGCCAGCUCUCAGCAGCGUGUUGCUCCGGCCGGUCAGUCCGGCAGGAACAAGGUAGCAUUGAAGCCUGGCCACAGUCUGAUGGACUGGAUCCGUGUGGCUAAGAGUGGCAGGGACCUGACAGGGCUGAGAGGUAGACUCAUAGACGUCACAGAGGAGGAGCUGCAAAAACACAACACACGGGAAGACUGUUGGACCUGCAUACGAGGCAUGGUUUAUAAUGUGAGCCCCUACAUGGGGUUCCACCCUGGAGGAGAAGAGGAACUGAUGAAGGCAGCUGGGAAAGACGGAACAGACCUUUUUGACCAGGUCCACCGGUGGGUGAACUAUGAGUCCAUGUUAAAGGAGUGUCUGGUAGGGAGGAUGGCUGUGAAGGCCAGCACUGCUCUCAAAGCUCAGUGUGUGAUAAAGGACAGCAUCACUCAUUUAAAAGCCGCCUUGCCACCAACCCAACCCAAAGACGCUCGGCCCAGGUAUGACUGGUUUCAAACUGAUGUCACAGUCGAUAUUGUGGUUUACACUAAACGGAAGCUCCCCAGCUCUGGCUGUACCAUAGUUGACCUGCAAGAUGGUGUUCUACGGGUGGAAGUUCUUCUGGGGAAAAUGUCCUACAUGCUGCGUCAACGUCUAGCCCAAGAAGUAGAUGGAAGCGUUGCUGUCCACACAGUGUGUGCUGUGGGGAAGAUUCAGGUCAGCAUGCGUAAAGCGGCCAAAGGAAAGUGGGAAAAGCUUGGUGAACCACUGGAAUUCCAUGAUUCUCUUUUCAGGAAGAAAGAUCGAGCGAUCUUCUACAGGGAGUGUAUGUUAGUUUCUAAGACGGAGGUCACACACGACACCUGGGUGUUCCGGUUACAACUCCCUCUAGGGACACUCAUGCACGUGCCAGUUGGGAAACACAUCUACCUCAAGGCCCUCAUCCAAGACAGUGAGGUGGUGAAGCCCUACACGCCAGUCGAGGAAACACUGGUACCAGCUACACUGGACUCCACACAGGGGACUGCAGCCACUGACAUCUUCCUCAUGAUCAAAGUCUACCCAGAUGGAGUGUUGACUCAACACCUAAACAACCUCAACAUCGGUGACCACCUGUCUGUCAGCAGUCCGGAUGGUCCGUUCAGUCUCCGCCUCCUGCGUGAGGUCACUCAACUCUAUCUGUUAGCAGCCGGCACGGGGUUCACGCCCAUGGCUCGAGUGAUCCGAUUGGCCCUCCAGGACCUGGGCUCACUCAGGAAAACCAAGCUGAUGUUCUUCAACAGACAGGAAAGAGACAUCCUGUGGCACUCUGAACUUGACGGCCUCGCAGCUGAAGAUGAGAGGUUCCAGGUGGAGUAUAUUCUGUCAGAGCCAUGUGAUGGGUGGACAGGCAGGAAGGGGCGGGUUGAGGCCUCCAUGCUGACUGGCUUCUUGGUUAGGCCUGAAGACUCAAAGGUCUUUGUGUGUGUGUGUGGCCCCUCAGACUUCACCGAGCUGACUGUGGGGUUGGUGAGACAGCAAUGUUUCAGUGAAGAGGAGAUUUAUGUGUUCCAGGGCUGAGCAUCAGUCUCAGACCUGACAUAUCUCAACCUUACAGCCUGAGGGGUGUGUGUGUGUGUGUGUGAAAGAAGACACACUUUGUGAGAGAGUGUCUGGGAGAGAAGAUAUGUUGUUAGGCUGCUGGUCAAUGUGUUUUUUGGCACAAUGUCUUUCUAUGCACUGUAGACUGAACUGAUGGACCUGACUCCUGUGGAUAGCAGCGAUGCCAGAGACCCACAGAGGCUCUUUGAAUCUGGAAGGAAAGCAGCUCUGUCUCUCUCUCUCGCUCCUUCUCUGUGUGUGUCUCUGUCUCUCUUUCUCUGGUGCUUUGAAACACGGAUGGACAGUCAUUCUCUCUGGUCGCUUAGGACGUGACCCCUGGGCUCUCUGAGCUGGUGAAUCACACACAAAGGAUGAAUGGCCAAUUACCCAGCAGCACUGAACCCUCAGGUCAACAUCAUCAGCUCACUGUCUGUCUAUGUCUGUACCAGAGCUUUUUGAACCAUCCUGUUCUUGUACACUCCUCUGCUCUGACCACAGAGAGGGAGGUCUGGGGUUGUUUAUGAGAGGUCACUAGCAUGACCACAGAGAGAGAGAGAUCACUACCAUGACCACAGAGAGAGAGGUUUGGGGUUGUUUAUGAGAGGUCACUACCAUGACCACAGAGAGAGAGGUCACUAGCAUGACCACAGAGAGAGAGAGAGAGGUCACUAGCAUGACCACAGAGAGAGAGAGAGGUCACUAGCAUGACCACAGAGAGAGAGGUCACUAGCAUGACCACACAGAGAGAGAGAGAGGUCACUAGCAUGACCACAGAGAGAGAGAGGUCUGGUGUUGUUUAUGAGAGAUCACUAACAUGACCACAGAGAGAGAGGUCUGGUGUUGUUUAUGAGAGAUUACUAACAUGACCACAGAGAGAGAGGUCUGGUGUUGUUUAUGAGAGAUUACUAACAUGACCACAGAGAGAGAGGUCUGGUGUUGUUUAUGAGAGAUUACUAACAUGACCACAGAGAGAGAGGUCUGGUGUUGUUUAUGAGAGAUUACUAACAUGACCACAGAGAGAGAGGUCUGGUGUUGUUUAUGAAAGAUUACUAACAUGACCACAGAGAGAGAGGUCUGGGGUUGUUUAUGAGGAGUUCUGAUCAUUAAAUCUUCCUUUUGUUGAAGAAGUAAUGAGCAUUUCCAGCCUGUUGUUGGCAUAUACCCUCCUACAGAGAGUUAUUAUUAUUCAGAUAGUUGUUUAGGCUGUGCUGCUGCUGUUCGUCUGUUCUGCAGCCUGUGGUUCUGUUUGAGAUAGACUGAUGGUUAAGCAGACCAGUCUUCAGAAUCUGUACUUUUACUCUCUCCCCCUCUUCUUGCUCUUUUAUCUCUCUCCCUACCCUCUCUCUUUCUCUCUCACAGAUUGUUGUAGUACUCACAGUAGGUGAUACAUACCAAUGGGAAUACAUUACGCAAUACAUUACACACCUACGUACACACCUACGUAAAUGUAUUUAAAUAAUUAAAUAAUAUUUUUAUUAUA